CGCGUUCGCGUUCGCGUUCGCACCGCUAACGCAAUUUCCGUCACUCUCUCACCUUCGCUCAUUCAUUUCUCCCAACAAAACCACCACACACCACCAUUAUUUCGAUUCCCCAAGGCCCGAGCCUCCAUCAAUGGCGAUCGCAUCUUCAUCCCCUCCGACCUUCUCCGCCUCCUUCUGCCGCACCCGUACCGAGUCUCCCUCCACCUUCACUCGCAUCCCUUCCAUUUUCUCCCCCGCUUACCGACCCAAACCUCACUCCCUAACUCGUCGGCUCGCCCUUUCCGCUCGGCUUAACUCGUCCAAAUCUUCCGCCGGCGGCGGCUCGGUCUCGCCGGACAACGGCGACCUCCAGUACGAGCUCUUCCACGGCUUCUCUCAGCAGCGUCGCCGGAGAGGAUCGCCGGUGUUCGUCACGCUGCCUGUGGAUUCCGUGGGGACACGGGGCGCGGUCCGGAGGCCCAAGGCCAUGGUUCAGUCGUUGAAGGCCCUCGCCGCGGCCGGAGUGGAAGGCGUGGUCAUGGAGGUGUGGUGGGGCCUGGUGGAGAGGGAUCAGCCCAUGCUUUACAAUUGGGAAGGCUACUUGGAGAUCGUCUCUCUGGCUCGACGCUGCGGGUUGAAGGUUCGGGCCGUCUUGGCGUUUCAUCAGUGCGGCACUGGGCCGGAGGACUCUCAUUGGAUUCAUCUUCCUCUGUGGGUACUGGAGGAGAUUGAUAGGGAUCCAGAUUUAGUAUAUUCUGACAGAUUUGGAAGAAGAAAUGUGGAAUACCUUUCUCUCGGGUGUGAUAUGCUUCCUGUUCUGCGGGGACGUUCACCAGUCCAAGCAUAUGCAGAUUUUAUGAGGAACUUCAGAGACACUUUUAGACCUUUUCUUGGUCUUGUCAUAACAGGAAUUCGAGUUGGGAUGGGUCCUGCUGGUGAAUUAAGAUACCCUUCCUGCCCUAUCCAGAAGUUAACAUGGGCUUGGCGAUCUCGUGAGCUUGGAGAGUUUCAGUGUUAUGACAAGUAUAUGCUUGCAUCUCUCAAUGCAUGUGCAAGAGAGAUUGGGAUUCCCGAAUGGGGAAAUGGGGGCCCUAUUGGUGCUGCCAAUUUGAUGCAGGAUCCUGAACUGACAGAGUUCUUCAGAAGUGAUGAUGGAUCCUGGAAUACAUCAUAUGGUACAUUUUUUCUUGAAUGGUACUCGGGAAUGCUGCUUCUGCAUGGAGAAAGGAUAUGCAGGGAAGCCGAGACCAUUUUCCGGGGUACAGAGGCUAGUACGUCAGUAAAAUUAGCUGGGAUGCACUGGCAUUAUCGCACUAAAUCUCACCCAUCAGAGUUAACAGCUGGCUAUUACAAUACUUCAACAAGAGAUGGAUACUUACCAAUUGUUCGCAUGUUGGCAAAGUACGGCUUUACUUUGUGCUGCUCAUGUUUUGAAUUGCAAGAUGUGGAAGAGAGGAAGAUGAACGCAGUCAGCAGCCCGGAAAGCCUUCUCAGACAGCUGCUCUCAGCUGCUAGGGUAUGUGAUAUACCCUUGGAAGGUGAAACUUCUGCAGCCAGAUUGGACAACCAAUCGCUUCAACAGGUGGUAAGGAUGUCAAAGUAUUACUCAUCUGGUCUAGAAAAACCCUCUUUUUCGUUCAACUUUGUGAGGAUGGACAAGAACAUGUUCGAAUUUCAUAACUGGGUCCAUUUUACUCGUUUUGUGAGGCAAAUGUCUGAUGCCAAUGCCUUUCGAGCCAAGCUAGAAGUUGAUGCAAUGCCUGAUACACGUCGGUCUCCCACUUCCCUUUCAGAUGUCGCGAAAUUUGGAAUGGCUUCUGCAUAUUGUUAGGGACCGAUUAUCUACCACUUUCAUCAUUCAUAACAAAUGUUAUAUUCUUACACCCCCUGUUCCUCGUUUGAUGUGAAUACGUAGUAAUGCGUCAGUUUCCCGUCGAUAAUUCUGUUAAUUAUAGUUCUUCUGCAGAGAGUUGAUACAUUGUGUUGUAAAUUUGUAAGCAUCAUUGCCUUCCUCAUAUUUUAAGAAUGGUUGGCUUAUCGUUAGCUCUACUGUAAUUCAAACAUUAAAAAUCUUUUUUCUACUUAAAGCCGAUAUUUAUCGUGAAA